UAAUCCGGAGAGCCCCAUCGGCGACUCACCUGAUCAGCCCAACAACUUCAUCUCGAAGGGACGCCCUCGGUCAAAAGAAGCGAGAAGAUCUCACUCGUUUGUGACGCACCACAAAUGAUGAGAUGCGCUGCAAAUCCCCCGACAGCAUCGACCAUCAUUUCAUGUCUCAGGGACGCCAAGAGGGAGAGAAUUGAAUCUCAUGAGGGGCUGUAUGACGCUGGGGCUCUCUUGUACGUACGCGCACGCAUACGCAUGCGCAGUGGGAAGCAGGCACAUCAAUUCUCAUCACAUCCCGCGAUCUGGUCCUGUCUUGACCUCUUUGGUUGCAUAUGUGGACGACUUUCUAAGUUCGAUGGUCUUCACAGUCGCAUUGGAGGCUGCUGCGAGUGCGAGACGUAAAAGCCUCAGUAGCGACGAGGGAGGCGGCGCACGG